AUGUGCACCACCAAGACGCUGAAAUCACGGGCGGCAUCACACCAUGAAUUCCAGGCAGAAGCAGUGGCAUCUAGCGCCCCCCCCCCUCCCCCUCCAGCAUCAGAAGCAGUAGCCCAAAGGAGCCCUCUUCACGCCAGCAAGAAGCAGUGGUCUCGAGUAGCCUUCUUCCUGUCGAUGGUAGAAGCAGUAGUCCGGAACUGCCCCGAUUUCGUUCAAAAACAGAAUAGAAGCAGUAGCCUCAAGCAGCCCUCUUCCCUUCGGCAGUCCUAUCAGCAGCCCCCGAGUAGCCCCUACCAGCCCUCUUCUCUCCAACCAGCAGCCCCGAGUAGCCCAACAGUAUCUCAAACCAGCAGCCCGAGUAGUCCUCAAGCAGCCCUCUUCUCUCAAUCCAACCAGCAGCCCCGACCCCAAGGAGCCCUAGCCCCGAGUAGCCCCAAGCAAGCCCUAGCCCCGAAGCCCCAAGCAGCCCCCCCCCAAGCAGCCCUAAGCCCCGAGAGCCCCAAGCAGCCCCUAGCCCCGAGAGCCCCAAGCAGCCCUAGCCCCGAGAGCCCAAGCAGCCUAGCCCGACCCCAAGGAGCCCUAGCCCCGAGUAGCCCAAGAGCCCUAGCCCCGAGAGCCCCAAGCAGCCCUAGCCCCCCAAGCCCUAGCCCGAGAGCCCAAGCAGCCCUAGCCCCGAGAGCCCCCAACAGCCCUAGCCCCACCCUAGCCCCGAGAGCCCCAGCAGCCCUAGCCCCGAGAGCCCCAAGCAGCCCUAGCCCCGAGAGCCCCAAGCACCCAAGGAGCCCUAGGGAGAGCCCUAGAGAGCCCCAAGCAGCCCUAGCCCGAGUAGCCCAAGCAGCCCUAGCCCGAGUAGCCCCAGCAGCCCUAGCCCCGAGAGCCCCAAGCACCCUAGCCCCGAGUAGCCCCAAGCAGCCUAGCCCGAGUAGCCCCAAGCAGCCUCUUCUCGCCAACAGCAAGCCCCGUAGCCCAAGCAGUCCUCUUCUCUCCAACCAGCAGCCCCGAGAGCCCCAAGCAGCCCUAGCCCCGAGUAGCCCCAAGGCCCUAGCCCGAGUCCCUAGCCCGAGAGCCCCAAGCAGCCCAGCCCGAGUAGCCCCAAGCAGCCCUAGCCCGACCCUAAGCCCCCCAAGCAGCCCUAGCCCCGAGAGCCCCAAGCAGCCCCCCGAGAGGCAGCCCUACCCGCCAGCCCUAGCCCCCGAGAGCCCAGCAGCCCUAGCCCCCGAGAGCCCCAAGCACCCCAAAGCAGCCCCUAGCCGCCGAGAGCCCCAAGCAGUAUCCCCGAGUAGCCCUAGCCCUAGCUCCGAGAGCCCCAAGCAGCCCCUAGCCCCGAGAGCCCCCUACCCCAAGCAGCCCUACUUCUCGUCACAAUCCAACCAGCAGCCUCGAAUAGCCGCCAAGCAGUUCUCCCAAGCCAGCAGCCCGAGAGCCCCAAAGCCAGCCCUAGCCCCGAGUAGCCCAGGAGCCCUAGCCCCGAGUAGCCCCAAGGACCUAUCCCCCGAGAGCCCCAAGCAGCCCAGCCCCGAGUACCCCAAGCA